UUCUCACUUUCUCAGCCUCGUCCAUGCUUGCCAGCUGUGCUUCCUGCCGCUCCUCUAGUCUCCACAAUCCAGUCCUUCUCCAGUCUGCCCGCUCAUUCUGUCGAACACCUCGUCCUCUACAUCCUCAUCGACGUCUUCCCAAUUCAAAACUCCUAAACCCUAGCCCUUCUUCCCGACACCACCAUCCAUCCAAAAUCACUGGGUGAUGCGGAAGAGGUAGCCUCCGCCGAUGGCCUGCUGCUUCGUCCGCGUCGCUGCGGCGCCCCGCCUCCUCAUCUACCGCGCCGCCGCUCCGCGGCAGCUCCCGUCGCCGCUCAACGUAUUCAGGAAGGGUUUUUCCGAGCAGUCAGUUCUGCCAGUCACAGAUUCGAUUGAGUGUUUCCAAGGACCAUCAGUGCCGAAUACUCCACGGAUUCCACUGUAUGAUGACAGCGUAUCCUCAAGCAUAUUGGAUACAUUGUCGAAUCCGACUGGGGGUGUCCCUCAUGCUGAUCCUUCAAAGAGCAGAAUAAUGCUAGUUGAUGGAACGUCGAUGAUGUAUAGAUCCUACUACAAGAUAUUAGCACAGCUGCAGCACGGCCAGUUGGAGCAUGCUGAUGGAAAUGGGGAUUGGGUUUUAACUAUAUUCAAAGCUCUAUCCCUGCUUCUUGACAUGCUGGAGUUCAUUCCAUCUCAUGCUGCGGUUGUGUUUGACCACGAUGGAAUGACCUUUCGUCAUAUGUUGUACCCUGCUUACAAGAGCAACCGCACUCCAACACCUGACACCGUUGUUCAGGGCAUGCAAUACUUGAAGGCAUCCAUUAAGGCAAUGUCAAUAAAAGUAAUUGAGGUUCCAGGCGUUGAAGCUGAUGAUGUUAUUGGCACCCUGGCCAUAAACAGUGUUUCGGCUGGUUACAAGGUACGGAUUGUCUCUCCUGAUAAAGACUUCUUCCAAAUUUUAUCACCUUCUUUGCGUCUGCUCAGGAUUGCUCCACGUGGAUCAGGGAUGGUUUCAUUUGGAGUUGAAGACUUCGUCAAGCGAUAUGGACCAUUGAAACCCUCGCAGUUUGUGGAUGUUGUUGCACUUUCAGGAGACAAAGCUGACAAUAUACCUGGAGUUGAGGGGAUUGGAGAUAUUAAUGCAGUAAAGCUGAUAUCUAAGUUUGGUUCCUUGGAUAAUCUACUGAAAUCCGUGGACGAAGUUGAGGAUGAACGAAUUAAACAGGCUUUGAUUUCUCACUCGGAACAGGCAAUCCUUUGCAAAAACCUGGCCACGCUGCGUUCUGAUCUUCCUCAUUAUAUGGUUCCUUUCAAGACAGCCGACCUUGUAUUUAAGAAGCCACAGGAUGAUGGAGAGAAAUUCAUAAAACUCUUACGAGCAUUGGAAGCAUAUGCAGAAGGUUCCUCAGUAAAUCCAAUCAUCAGAAGAGCAGCCUAUCUUUGGAACAAACUUAAAUCAUGAUGACACUGAUGUUUUCAGCGUUGAAUAAAAAGGAAUUUUGUCAAGGCUGAGAGUUUGGGUUCAAAGCUUGGUGUCGUAGUGCUCAAUACUGGCGGCAUUGACUUCUGUGGACUCGGCGGCCAGCUACACUCACAUCGCAACGCAAAAUCAAAUUGUUGCUGGCAGAAGUGCAUAAAUUGAAGGUGCCGAUGCUUAAGCAAAGCAGCUCAGUGUUUAUACCUCGGAACUUAGCUCUGUAGAUAAGAAAUGCACAACAUUGCCCAUGUAUUCCGCCUUUUUUGAGAGGAAAGCUCGUGGAAUCUAUUUGAUUUUUUUUCUCUGUACUACCAAUUACAAAGGGUUGUAGGUGGAGCUGUGGAGGCCAGAGCGGGCAACCGUGUGGCUUAACAUUCUACCACGCCUAGCACUCUAGCAGGUUUCAUGAAGUCUACUACGGUGGUGAAUCAGAUCGCACAACUGUUGUGUUGUAGGAGCGAGUAUGUGCUCGUUUUGUCGCACAAAGAUGUUGUAAGGCUGAGUCCAA